UGGGCAAAAAACUUAGCUAGGAAGAAGCUGUACGCUCAAUGCCCAAAUAUAGGCGAAACGGUACCAAUUUUUUUGGCUGGGCCAAUUUUCUGCCCUUUGAUUUUAAAGGAACCUCAGCUUAGCGAGGCAGGAUUUAAUUUGAUCCCUGGAGUCAGAAUGGGGAACAGCACCAACGAAUCAUCUCCGUCUCCUCCUGUGUUUCCAUUUCAUCUAAGAGUUUUGAAAUUGAGUUUAUACGUCAUCAUUUUUGUUACAAGUCUUGUCGCUAAUAUUCUUGUUUGCACCGUCAUUUUGAGACGUAAAAAAAUGAAGACAGUCACAAAUUAUUUCAUUCUUAACUUAGCGAUCGCCGAUCUGACGCUCAACUGCGUGUGUAUCCCAUUUGAUAUACCAGUACAAGAACUGAACUCUGUCUGGCCGUACGGUUCGCUCAUGUGUAAAAUAUUGUAUCCCAUACAAACACUGUUGCUCUUCGCCUCUGUGAAUACUCUUACAGCGGUAAGCCUGGCUAGGCAAAGGGCGGUUGUAUAUCCUAUGAAGAAACAGCUGAGCAAAUUUGGCGCUAAAAUAAUCAUAAUUGGACUGUGGCUCUUUUCCCUUAUUCCCGUUAUACCUUACUUUCAAGCGUUGAAAUUUAAUCCAGAGCUCCAUAUCUGCGAGGAGAGCUGGGACGACUCCACAACCACCAAAGUGUACACUUCAGUCAUCUUCUUCUUCCAUUACCUCCUGCCAUUCUCUAUUAUGUUCACUGCAUAUUUUAGCAUCAGUCAAGAAUUGAAGAGAAGAGCGGAGAAUGGUAACCAGCACAUGAAAGGUGUUCAGGAGUUAGAAGCCCGGAAAGUAGUACGCAUGCUGAAGGUGGUGACGACACUGUUUGCUUUGUGCGUGCUGCCAAACAACGUGAUGUGGUUCUGGCGUGAUUAUGGAGACGCUGAGAGUAAAUGCAAAUAUUUUGGGGAGUUGGUAGCCUUCACAAAUAUUCUUAUAUUUGCUAACAGCGCUGCUAAUCCUAUAUGUUACACCAUCUUAAAUGAAAAUUAUCGGCAAGAAAUAUCGAGGUUGAUCGCAUGUGGGUCGUGCAAACUCCAGGGUGUGCUGAGCAAAAAAGAAAACAGAGCAGUUAAUAUGCAACUUUCCAAUGAAGAAGCUAAGAAAAGGUCAUCCACCAUGUCCUCAUAUGUUUAACAAAGUUCUUACACAAAUUGUGUAUAAUAAAUAGUACUAGUUUUGGAAUACAAAAGCGGAUAGAUGCAUUUUGAUCACAGUCUUGUUGGUUUAAUUCGUGAAGGUUAUAUACAUUGUAAGUGUACCGCUGAUCAGAAUAAUUCUAAACGCAGUUUCUUCAGACAUGUGCGUUAGAAAGUUUGCCAACGAAUUUCAUAGCCGUCGUGUAUAAUAAGUACGACCAUCCGUUUGGCAGUGAUUUUAUGGACGCCUCCGAGUCUUGUAUAAGGCCAGUUCUAGAAUAUUGUGCCCCACUGUACCAUCACGCACUGCCUGACUACUUAAGUAAGGAUAUUGAACGCAUUUAAAAACGCGUACUAUCAAUUAUUUCGCCAGGCCUUUCUUACGAUGACAGCCUGUCAAUAUACAACAUGGGAUCUUUAGACUGGACAGACCCAUACAUCAAUGCGAAAAAUUGUUUGAUUCCAUUGUAUGUAAUCCAAAUCAUAAGUUACACCAUUGUCUCCCUCCCAAGAACUAUUGUCAUUAUAACUUUAGAAGACAACGCCACUUUGACAAUCUUGUCAUGCGUACCAAGCGUUUUUCUAGCACAUUUCUGCCAUCUAUGUGUAGUCGUUAGGAGUUUUCGUAGUAUGAAUUUUUAUGAAUUUUUAUAAAUUAGUAUUCUAAGCUU